AUGCAAGACAAUUGUGAAAAAUAUGGAAGCCUUAUCUUAUACUUCAAUGGUAUUGGUUAUAAACUGACUGAACUGGAAAAUGCAUGUAUAAUAUUUCAUUUAUCUCAAAGUGAUCCUAAUGCUUUUGAGAAUCUAUGGAAAAGACAGGAAAGCAAUGUGCUCAUCAAAGAUCUAGCAAAAAUUUUAGUACCAGAAGAAUAUCAGCAGGUGUUUUUAGAUGAAUGGAUGACAUGCAUUGAUCCAGAUGAACCUGCUACCAGUGAAUUGAAUGAAGAAGUUUCAGAGGAGGAAGACCUAGAAACAGAGCCAACCCCUGCAAAGUUCAAAGAAGAAUUAGAUGUUGAUGUGAAACAUGAUGUUGGAUCAGAUCAUGGCUUUAGGCCGUCAUACUCAACGUCCACUGCACUCAUCAAUGCCACUGAACAAUGGUACAGUUGCAUUGAUGAAGAUGUGGUUGGGAAAAUGUUGGAGGAAUUGUCUGAAGACAGUGAUGAAGAAGAUAAGACACAGCUUGUGAAAACAGAAAAGGUUCAGGAAAUAUCAGAAGAAUUGUCAGAAGAUUGUGAUAUGGGACAUACAAAACAGCUUUUAAACACAGAUUGUGGAGUGACUGAUGAUGCUUUUCGACAGCUGUUGUUAGUUAUUUCAAAUUGGUAUGACAAGUAUGGAUACAUCAGUAUGCUGAAAGUUCUGUACAGGGACCAUUUGGAAAAAAUUCCUUUUUUAAGCCAUGCUUCAAGGACAUUGGACAUAAUGAAUUUGUUGAUUGCUUGUGGAGACCUGGAUUCAACAGAUAUAUCUUUAUUUUUUGAUACCAUCAAGGCAACAAAGACAUUUGGUUUGAAAAACAAAAUUAAACCACAAAUACCAUCAUGCCCAAAUGUUAGAGAUGUAAAAAUCACAAAAUUCACAUCUCACAGACAAAAGAUUAUAAAGCUGGGGAUGGCACUGACAAAUGACGAUAUAACAGUGAUCAAUGAACUGUACAAUAAGACAGUAAAAAAAUAUGCAGAUUCAUGGAGUUUGAUUAUGGAUCUAGAAGACCGUAUGAUAAUUUGUGAGGGAAAGAUGGAGGCAUUCAUUGACAAUCUAAAGGAAAGUGGACUUCUGCGAGCUGUAAAUUCUUUAACAGAAGGUUAUUAUCAAUGUUGA